UUUGUUUCUUUGGGUAAAUAAGACGUCUGCAAACUUUUGAGCUUUUCAAAACAAAGAUGCAUUAACACCAAUAAUACAGGCGAAGCAUCCUCCCAUCCUUGUCUGGUCCUCAUUAACCUAUUUGCCAAACCUGGAGGAAGAAGUAGUGAGAGAGAUUGAUGUUGCAGAGAGCAGCAAGCAAUGCAUAUUCAUGGUGGUGGGCCAGCCACGUCAGGACCAAGCAGUCAAAAUGGCUGGAACAAAACCUCCAAGAUAUGGAGGAGAAGGUUCAUAGCACACUCAAAAUCAUUGAUAAUGAUGGGGACUCCUUUGCCCAGAGGGCUGAAAUGUACUACAAGAAGAGGCCAGAGCUAGUAAUCUUCGUUGAAGAAUUCUUUCGGGCAUACAGAGCUUUAGCGGAGAGAUAUGAUCACUUAUCAAGAGAUCUGCAGAGUGCCAACCGUACCAUUGCCACUGUUUUCCCAGAACGAGUUCAGUAUGCAAUGGAGGAUGAGGAUGAUGAAACUGCUUCUCAAACGUCGGUUUCUUCCAAUGAUACCAACAAAGCCUAUCCCGAUGUAAACAACGCAAGCAUCCCAAAAGUCCCCAAGGGCCCAGAUAAAGAUUUCAGGAGCAAGUCCAUGUUACUCUCGAAGAAGGGCACGCCUCGAAGACUUCCUAGCUCUCCUAGACCAGCUGCAGGUCCUCAAAGGUCGGGGCUGACGAAAGAAGAGGCAUUAGAAGAAAUUGAUAAGCUUCAUAAGGACAUUUUGGCUCUACAAACUGAAAAGGAGUUUGUGAAGACCAUGUAUGAACGAGGGUAUGACAGGUACUGGGAGUUUGAGAAUGAGAUCACGGCAAUGCAAAAAAGAGUUUCCAGUUUACAAGAUGAGUAUGGCAUUGGCACUGUUAUAGAAGACAACGAAGCUCGAACUUUAAUGGCAGCCACAGCUCUAAAAUCAUGCAAAGAAAGCUUGACUGAGUUGCGGGAAAAGAAAGACAUAUCAGAAAAAGAGGUAAGAAUUGAGGGCAGAAGGGUCAGGGAAGCCUGUAAGAAGUUCGAGAACCUCAAGCAUAAAUUUCGUUCAAAGGGGGAAAACUGGUCUGAUGCUGAUGAUGAACACGAGUCUGAGACCAGUGAUCUAGAAUCAAAAAGUGUAGACAAUGAGAGGCGUGACAAGCAGUUUUAUCAGGCCAAGAUGGAUGAACAACUCAACAAUAGUUCAGAUGGCUCUCUCACAAUGACAGAACUGGCAGAGAAAAUUGAUGGACUUGUGAACAAGGUUGUGUCGCUGGAAACUGCAGUCACUUCUCAGAAUGCUCUUGUACACAGAUUAAAAUCAGAAACAGAUGAACUUCAUGCACAAGUUCGGAGCUUGGAAGAGGAAAAGGAAAUACUGAUGGAAAGUGAGGACAAUUUGAAAAGAAAGCUAAAGGAGAUGGAUGAGGAGUUGCGUAGAAUUAAGAACUUAAAAAGGAGUGUAGAAAACCAAAAUAUCAACCUCGAACUGCAUUUCACAGAAGCUUGUAGUAAUCUUGAUAAUCUCUCUACAAAAUUACAAAAUGUGAAGCAUGACGUAGAGGAUGAGAGUGCUGUACUAUUCCAGGAAUUGAGAGCAGUUGAUAACAAACCAGAGAAGGAGUUGAAAGAUGAUUCAGAUAAGCCCGCUGCUCAUGAUGAAGAAGACGUUUCAAAAUUUGUCAAGGGUGAAGAAGAGGAAAACAAAACUGAUACAAGAAAUAGCCUUGAUUUGUCUCAAGAAGCACUGCCGCAGGAAGAGGGUGAGAGCAAUCUUGUUGAGCCACAGGAUUUGGAGCAGGGAAAUGAAGAAAAUCAACCCAACUGGAGGCAAUUAUUCCUAAAAGGUUUAGAGGAUAGAGAGAAGAUUCUGCUGGAAGAGUAUACUUCAAUUCUUCGGGAUUAUAAGGAAGCAAGGAAGAAGCUCAGUGAAGCUGAGAAGAAAAACCGGAAUAAUAUCUUCGAUUUGGCAAUGGAGAUAAGGGAUUUGAGGAGUAUAAUUGCUUCAAAGGACAAAGAAAUUAGACUUCUAAAGCAAAAACAGAACCCCACAGAUAUGAAUCCGGAAGAAAGUCCAUGUUCGACAGUGUAUAAGUACCCGAAUAGCGAUGUUCCCUUGGAGAGCCCAAGUCAAGUUGUCACACCCCCAUACUCUACUGGUCCAUCACCCUAUGUGGAUAAAGACACACUUGCUGAAAUUCUUCGUGAAACCUCAGAAAAAUUCGAUUACUCAUCAGGAAACUUGAAGGUCACGCCUAGAAAGGAGGAAGAGAAAACAAUCAGGAAAAGGCAUGCUGUUAGACCCCAUUCCUUUUCAGCUAUUGAAGGAAGAUUCCGUGCAGACAUUGAUGAACUGCUGGAGGAGAACCUAGAAUUCUGGUUGAGGUUUAGUACCUCAAUUCAUCAGAUACAAAAGUUCCAGACUUCAAUACAUGACUUACAGUCAGAGUUGAUAAAAAUGAAGAAGCAUGCUCUAGAAUCAGAUGGCAAGCCGAUAUAUAGACACCUGAGAGAGAUACAAACUGAAUUGUCAUUAUGGCUGGAACAUAAUGCAGUGCUGAAGGAGGACUUGCAGAGCAGGUACUCAUCUUUGUGCCACAUUCAAGAUGAGAUAUCUCGACUCUCGAAUUUAAGUUCCGAAGGGGAGAAGACAGAGCUUAUAAGCAAAUACCAGGCAGCGAAGUUUCAAGGCGAGAUUCUGAACAUGAAGCAGGAGAACCUCAAGGUUGCUGAAGAAUUGAAGGCAGGUCUUAACCGUGUUAAAGGACUCAAAGUUGAGGUCGAGAAGACACUAGCAAAACUUGAUGAGGAACUUGGGAUGUCGGCAUCAAAUGGUGAUCAACCUAAACGAAGUAAGGCUCGAAUUCCCUUGCGGUCUUUCUUGUUUGGUGUCAAGUUAAGACAAAAAAAGCCAUCACUCUUCUCGGGCCAGCAAUCACUCUUCUCAUGCGCUAGCCCAGCAUUACAGAAACAAUACAGCGAUGUGUCGGAAGCUGAACAACCUCCACCACAACCAGAAUCUCCACCACAAGCAAUGUAGAUGAUCAGCUUAUUAUUCUGUUUAUGAUUUUAGUUCUAAGGUCUUUAUACAUUUGCAGACAGGAAACCUAGUAAUGCUGUUGUAUCGUAUACUUCCUUUCCAUAUUAUCGUAUGUUACUUAUC